GGUGGGGGAUUGAACCCUAGUCUAUAGCUUAUAAGACAGAGGUGUAACCCAUUGCAUUACACCAACCAUUAUGGCCAUUUACAGAAGAAGCGGAUGUCAAGGUCUGGAAUACAUCAGACAGUAACUUAGCUCUUGUAGUCGGGGUGUUGGAUGUGUAUUGGGGCAGUGAAUGCCAUCCUGUCUAGUCAUAACACUGGUCACAACACACUACUUUGUACCCUGCUGCAUAUGGAGCUAUGUAGCUGCAGACUGGUCAGAGUGCCCAUGCUGCCCAAGCCUACAUUGGACACAUGAGCCUCAGAACUGGACCUUGGAGUAGUGGAAGAAGACUGCCUGGUCUGACAAGUCCCGUUUUCUUCUACAUCAUGUGGAUGUCCAGGCACUUGUGCACGUUUAGCUGUGGAAGUGAUGGCAAGAGGAUGCACUGUGGGAAGAAGUUAAGCCGGUGGAGGGAGUGUGAUGCUCUGGGUGAUGUUCUACUGUCAAACCCUGGCUCUGGGCUUUCAUGUGGAUGUCAAAUUGACAUGUACCUCCUACCUAAAUAUUGUGGACCAGUGGCAGUGAUAUUCGUUGUGUGGGAAUGUUUUGGGGAAUAUGACGAAGAGCUCAAAGUGUUGCGCUGGUCUCCAAGAUCUCAAUCCAGUUGAGCAUCUGUGGGAUGUGCUGGAUAAAGUCCGAACCCCAACUGCUCCGUCUCAACUUACAGGAAUUAAAAAAAGCAUCCGCUGUAAGUUUGUCAUUUACUUCACAUUGCAAUUAAUAGUACAAGCUGCAUGUGUUAUGAAGUCCAUUCGCCUGUAACCUUCACAGUAUUACCGUAAUCAAAAGCCUUAAGAUAACUUGAUGGCUUGCAGUUUAGGAGCUUUAAGAGGGUUCAAUCAUAUGUCUGUUUAUGUGCUGCAGAUAGUUCAGAAUGUGUGAUAUGAAGUAUUUCUGGCCUUUUAACAGUUGUUGAGUCUGCGUUGCUAGGUCUUGCUGUUAUGUGUACAUUCCAGAUUUUCUGUUUUGAGCAAAUUGCAUAUCUGGAGUGAUUCUAUACAGAUCCAGUCACCAUGCCCAAUGCCAAGCGCAGCCUAGAGGGGUAUAAAGCCCCCAGUAUUGGGCUGUGGAGCAGUGAAACUGUUCUCUGGGGUGAUUGAGCUCCAACCAGUACCUUUGGGAUGAGUUGAUCCAGGACUGACCAUCCAACAUCAGUAUUUGGCUUCAGUAAUGCUCUUGUGGCCGAAUGCAAUCCCUUACAGCAAAUCUAGUGUUAAACCUUCCCAGGCGAGUAGAGGUUGUUAGUGCAGCAAAGUCACUAUUAAUACCAUUCAUUUCAGGGGGAACACUGGAGGAGGUGGCUACAAACUUUUGGACAAUAAUGUUAUCAAGUAUGUCGUACCGUGAGCGCAGGAAAUCAUACUGAUUAUAAAAAGCCCUAGAAUUAAUUCCAGCUGACUUCGGCACAUUUGUGCUGAGUCAUUUCCAGCGGUUUUUCGUUCCUUUUACUGGGUGAACUUGGAGAAGGGAGGAUCUGAGAGGGCGCGUUUGAUUGGACAGCUGUUCAGCCUUCAGAGCGUCGUGUUUUUUUUCUCCACCUGUUUUCCGGCAGGCCUCGCCUCACGAGUCGUGAUUGGCUAGUAGUGAUAGACUACAUGCAAUGUAUGAAUUACCAGGCUUGCUUAGCGUAGGAGGUGGUGAGGGGGGGCGGAAUUAGCCAAUCACAACGCAGAGGGCAGGACGCUACUAGCCAAUCAUAACCGCCGUGUAGGCUUUGCUUGACGCAACACGGGUGGGAAAAACAAAGCGAGGAGGCGGUGCCUUCACAUGGCUGCCGUGGAGAGCAUCUGGAAGGGUUUAGCUCUUUUGUUGCUGGUGACUUUGAGAAGUAUUCCUGAGUUUAACUGCAGCUUCGAAAUGUCUUUUAUAAAAGUGGACGAAAGUUCAGACUUUUCCUACCACAACCUUCCCUACGGAGUGUUCUCAACCCGCGACAAUCCUCGGCACAGGAUCGGCGUCGCUAUUGGAGACCAAAUUUUGGACCUCAGUGUUAUUAAGCACCUUUUCAAUGGACCUGUGCUUGGACAGCACCAGGAUGUGUUUGACCAGCCGACGCUCAAUGCCUUCAUGGGCCUGGGCUACGAUGCCUGGAGGGAGGCCAGGAAAUACGUGCAGAUGCUGCUGGCCGCAAACGAGUCCACCCUGCGCGAUGAUGCACACUUGAGGGGCAGAGCCUUUGUGGAUCAGAGUUCUGCAGUGAUGCACCUACCAGCUGAGAUAGGAGACUACACAGACUUCUAUUCCUCCAAAGAUCAUGCCACUAACGUUGGGAUCAUGUUCCGUGGCAAAGAGAAUGCCCUGAUGCCCAACUGGUUGAGGCUUCCGGUGGGCUAUCACGGCCGAGCUUCUUCUGUGAUAGUGUCAGGAACACCUAUCAGAAGACCCCAGGGUCAGAUGAGGCCAGACCCAACCAAGCCACCGGUGUUCGGGGCCAGCAAGCAGCUGGACGUUGAGCUGGAAAUGGCAUUCUUCGUGGGUUCUGGAAACAAGCUGGGAGAGCCAGUCCCCAUAGAGAAAGCUCACGAGCACAUCUUCGGCAUGGUCCUGAUGAACGACUGGAGCGCCCGGGAUAUCCAGGCUUGGGAAUAUGUGCCAUUAGGCCCAUUUUUAGGGAAGAAUUUCGGGACCACCAUCUCACCCUGGGUCGUGCCAAUGGAGGCUUUGACACCCUUCGUGGAGGCCAAUGCAGUUCAGGACCCACAGCCGCUUCCAUAUCUUCAACACCAAGACCCGUACACCUUCAACAUCAACCUCUUUGUCUCCAUCAAAGGGGAAGGGAUGAGAGAGGCAGCCACCAUCUGCAAGUCCAACUUUAAGUAUAUGUACUGGACGAUGAAGCAGCAGCUGGCCCAUCACACAGUAAAUGGCUGCAAUGUCCGGCCAGGAGAUCUACUCGCAUCUGGAACCAUCAGUGGACCGGAUCCAGAAAGCUUUGGCUCCAUGUUGGAGCUCUCAUGGAGAGGCUCGAAGGUGAUUGAUCUGGGCGGAGGAGAGAGCAGGACCUUCCUGAAGGAUGGAGAUGAGGUCACUAUUACAGGUUAUUGUGAAGGCCGGGGUUACCGUGUUGGUUUUGGUCAGUGCCAGGGGAAAAUCCUUCCUGCCCUGCAGCAGUGACCAGCCUACCUCCUUCUCUCUCUCUCACUCCAUCCAUCACAGAACCUGCUGGGCUCUUCCCUCACAAAAUAGUGCCUUAUCAGUCAUGUUGAAAUAUUCAUGACCUUUUAAAACCUCUCAUCGUGAAGGCCAAAUGCUCUCGGCAGGAAUGAAGCCAAGACCAUUUUUAUUAAAGUCAUUGCUGCGCCACUUCUUUAAAGAUUCAUUUUUGAAAAAUCUAAACUUGUUUCUCACUGUGUUUCCUACAGCAGUAUUAUAAUGUUUCCUACAGCAGUAUUAUAAUGUUUAUAUGGGUGUUUGUUACCCAGAGCCUGUAAUAAAAGUUACUGAUUUCUUUAAA